GCUCGCGCUCUCUCUCUUCCCCUCUCCCUCUCUCAAAAAUAAAUAAACAUUAAAAAUUUUUUUUUAAAUGGCCACUGAAAAGCAGGCAGUUGACUCACAGAGCUAAAGCAGUCCUGAGAAAACUCUGGCAGCAAAAUGAGCAGAUUAUGUAGUCUGAGGGCCCUGGUGUGGGGGUGUGAGGAAGGGCCACCCUGUUGAGCAUUGCCAUAGCGGGUGGCAGGAGUUAGGCUGCCUCCUGUGGGCCGUAGUGGGUCAUAGCACAGGCCCAGUGGUCCAGGUAUCCCACUUGUAGGUUUACCUUCCCAAUACAUCACCACCCUGAUCCCAGGGAUAAUGGCCAAUGAAAAUUCGGCACAGCCAGCAAGGCUCUUGAUGAAAACAAUUUACGGUCAACAGUGAGUAACCCCUGCUGUCAUGGGGUUUACAUUCCAGUGGGAGAGGCAGGUGGAAGGCAGGGAAGAGGGAGUGAGGAGGUAUGGAUGGGAGGAAUUGAGCAGGCCGUGGAGGGAAGGUCUCCCUGGGGGACCCAUCAGAGCCCAGACCCGGCUGGCACAGAAGAGCCUCUGUGGGGAGCAGGGCGGCGGGGGGGGUAGGGGGGUUGCGCUCAGGGAACAGAGGGGAGGACAUGAAUGGAGGGCGGUGGGAAGGGUGGCCUGGCGAGCUCUUUCUUCCUUGAGGGAAAUGGAACCCUGACUCAGUCUAGGCUGUGGGAGAGGACAGCGGCGGGUGCUUCGGUUUCUGCCACCUCUUCUCUUUCCAGCAGCUUUAUUAGAUGUAACUGACACCCCAAAAGAGAUCGCCUGUGUAAAGUGUGCAGUUCAGUGGUUUUGCCCAUAUUCACAGUUGUACAGCCAACACCACAGCUGAUUUUAGGACGUUUUCAUCGCUCUGACCCUGACCCCCUCGUCUGCCCCCGGCAGCCACGGAGCUACUUUCCGUCUCUGUGGAUUUGCCAGUCCACGUACAUGGAGUCAGACACCCCCACCGCCCCGAGGUCCUGGGCCGCAGGCGCUGGUGAAAUGUCAGAGCGCAUCUUCACUUUCCAUGGAGGAGGUCAUCAAUGCCCGGUCCUGCAUUGCAGAGUUUUCUCUGGAAAAGCAGGAUUGCUGAGGAAACGUCCUCACCACAGCUGUGCUCACACACAUUUUCCUAAAUUCCUCAGACGUGUUCGGAAGAAAACAUGGUUGGUUUCUGUGGUUCAGCCAGGGGGAGCAUUCCCACCGGGUUUGGGUGCCGCUUCUCUUUGGGGGUGUCUCCCUCCCAGCGGGGUCUGAGGGUUUUCUGGUUGUGUGGGGAGAAGUGUAGACCCCACACAUUCUGAGAGGAGCUGGAGCUCUGUCCUUGGAUGCUCAUAGCCAGUGAGAACAUCGUGGGCCCGAAGCUGGCAGCCGGAGGCCUGGUCCCCCGUGGCCCUGCCGGCUGCUGGCCUUCAGCUUGCUCGGUGUUUGUCAGGGGUCACAACCAAGAGAUUUCACCUAAAGACCCCAAAUCUAGCUUCUCCCAAGUGAUGCGUCUGCCCAUCAGGAUCAGCCAGGGGAGGAGAGGGUGCCGACAGGACCUGAACACCACGGUCCCUUCCCUCCCCCGCACCAUCGAUUCCCAACGCCUGGUCAACUUCUGCCUCCCACCUGGUUCUGUGGGUGGGUCAGGCCAGGUCUGCAGUCCUGUGUCAUUCCCAGAAAUAGAUGCUGGUUGUCCACUGAUCUACAUUUGACCCUUGAACAAGCCGCAGUUACGUGAACUUGCCCUCCACGACAGGUGCCCUGUCCCUGGAUAGUCACAUUUCCCAGUGUAGGUUUGGAACGAUGUUGCCGCUGGAGAAGGCGUUUGCCAACCCCAGGAGCUCCCCAGCUCCCCCAGAACUGCCCAUGCUAGGGUCAGCAGCUGAGGACCAGCAAGAGGACUCCAGGAGUGGCCUUGGGGAGGUCCCUGCCAACCUUGAGUCCUCCCGCCUGCAUUUCCGGAACUUCAUCUACCAGGAAGCUGCAGGGCCCCACCAGGCCCUGGACCAGCUGUAUGAGCUGUGCCGCCAGUGGCUGCGGCCCGAGGCGCACUCCAAGGAGCAGAUGCUGGAGCUGCUGGUGCUGGAGCAGUUCCUGAGCGCCCUGCCGGACAAAGUACGGUCCUCAGUGGUGGCACAGCAUCCUGAGAACUGCCAGAAGGCGGCCUCCCUGGUGAAGGACCUUGCCGACGCCCUAGAGGAGCCAGAUGGGUCCGUUAAGACUGGCGAAGACGUGGAGCCCAGUGAGACCCAGGCCGCCCCCAACAUCUCCUGUCCUGCUCCAGACCCUGUGCUUCUGGAACAAGGGUGUGCCGGGGACAAGAAACCCGAACAGCCCAAGCCUGCUAAGGCUGAGCCAAAGAAGUUGACAUUUCCGGAGAUGCCUCUGUACCUGGGGGAAUGGGGCCACCUGGACCCGGCAGAGGAGAACCUGAAGACCUUCCGGAACUGCUCUCCCUGGGGGUACCAGCUCGCCCAGCCUGAUGACACCUGCAGGCUGGAGACAGAGGAGCUUCGGUUGGUUGAAGCUGAACCGCCGGAAGGCAGCUUCUCAGGGGAUAGGAGGUGGAGGAAAGUAAAGAUGAGCAUGUGCGAGACGCUGAUGGAGAGGAACAGGGAAAUUCUCGUUUGCCCCUUGACGGGUGCUGCUCCGGAGGAGGAAGAGCCGCAGAAGGUUCUGGAACCUCAGGAGAGGGAACCAAGCCCUGUCCCCAGAGCCCAGAGGCAGUCAGUCAUCCGGGAGCCAGCCCAGGACAGGGGCAACAGCAGGGAGAGCCCUACUGUGCCUGUAGCUCCAGCUGCCCCACGCCAAGGCCUUGAGAAAAGGCCCCAUUCGAAGGAUGUGGGCGGGCAGGGCCCUGAGCCUGUCUCCAGCAUGAGCCACCCCCAGCAGCGCCAUGUGAAGGAGCCCGCUGCAUCUGGCCUCGGCGCAGGGUCCCUGGGCGCGAGUUGCUCUGCUGCCGAUGAGCCUGGGCUGUCCCGAGGGAAGCCCUACGCGUGCAGCGAGUGUGGGGAGACCUUUGCGUGGAUCUCACAUUUCAUUGACCAUCUUCGAAGCCACAGCGGCAGGAAGCUGUACGCGUGCCAGGGCUUGAAGAACUUCCACUUCAGCCUGGCCCUGGCCGAGCAUCAGAAGACCCAUGAGAAGGAGAAAGGCUACGCGCUGGGGUGCCUGGGACCCCACCCUGCUGCGUGUGGUGCCACGCCGGCGGGAGGCUCCGUGGGCUCCCGGGGGUGUGUGGCAGGUGACAUUUUCCCUGUGCAGCCUGAGCUCAGCGAUGAGCUGCUUUGCUGUAGGGUCCCUAGAGGCCAGCCUUGCCCGCCCAGGUUUGUGUCCCUAGAGGGCAGUCUGCCUGCCAGAUUUUCCCUAGCAAUGUAUCCGCUGCUUUGAAAACCCUUGCGUGGCUUCCUGCAGUAUCUGUGUGGAUGUGAGUCUGUCUGUUCUCUAAAUGAGCUAACGUGGCUAAAGCACUUAGAACCCAGAAGGGCCCACGGGAAGCCCUUGUCUCCUUGUAAAACACCCCAUGCAGAUGCCCAUGUGCAAGCACGAGCUAUCCGGUGUGAAAGAAUAUUCCCCUUUCUUCCGUAGCCAUUUUAGCACCACCCACACGUUGGAACAUUUGUCAUUGUGCAAAGUGUAGAGUUGCCUUAAAGUGUGUGAUCCGCCGGCUCUUGCUGAAGUCAGCUUUGUCUCUGUUCCCCUUGUUCAAGCUCCCCAGGGCUUCUGCUCAAGCUGUUUGGUCUUUUCAUAGACACCUGAUAUCAAGUUCACUUCUGAAUCCUCAAUAGCCAAUUGUUUCCUAGUUAAGCACGUGUCUACAUGUGUGGAGUGGCUUUACAAAGAUCACAAAAAUGCGUGGAGCCUGGUAACGCUGUGCUUUCAAACCAUGCGUCUCAGCCUACUAGUGAAUUGUGAAACCAAAUUAGUGGACGGUCGCCAGCAUUGCAAAUCAGUAGAAUUAAGUAAAAAUUCGUUGUGUAGUAAAGGCAAAUAUUGUUUUGUGAAACUUUUCAGCUAUAUAUCUAAAUAUGAGACCCGGUUGAAUGUGAAAUCAAAUUAGUGGACGGUCACCAGCAUUGCAAAUCAGUAGAAUUAAGUAAAAAUUCAUCAUCCGGCUGUAAAGGCAAAUACCGUUCUGUGAAAAAUUUCAGCUAUGUAUCUAAAUAUGAGACCCAGUUGCAAUGUAAGAUGUAUUUCUUACUCAGGGUGGAGGGUCAUGAUCAAAGCAGGUUGAAAACACUAAUAAGGGUUGAUGAGGUGUGUCUGCCUGGGCAAGUGGAAACUUAAUUCUUUGGGCUACAUAAGGUGGUCUUUUGAUUUUUGCAUUUGAUCUCGGAUUAGAGCAUUGCCUCUGUUGCCUGAGCAUAACUUAACUGCUUCUUGUAGGUAAACUGGUGCCUCUUUCUGUCAUGGUGUUUGAGCAGGCAGUCUGUUGUAACGAUGCCCGAAUCAUAGAUGCUUAACCUAAUAAAGGAUUUAUUUCUUCACUCACA